GGGAGCCGAGGGGUCCGGGCGGCGGGGCCGGUCCUCAGCCAGCGGGGGCCAUGGACGCCGACGGGGCGCCCCAGAUCCGUCCAGAAGUUGAAGAUCCCAAACUGGAUUUACAGGUUGAAACGAACAGUGAUUCAGACAGUGGGCAAGGCAGCUGUGAAACAAGUUCUCCCGGACUCUCCAGGAAAGUAAUGGCUCCCCUGAAUGAUAGAGAUUCCGAUGAGGAGAUUUUUGUGAGUAAGAAACCAAAAGUCAAGAAGGUGCUGCAGGAUAGUGACAGCGAAGAGGACAGCCGUGGCUCAUCUCUCGAGAAGAGAGAUCUGGUGUCUCUCCAGGGGGUAAGUGGGGAGGAGGAGAAGGAGAACGUUUACGCAGAAAACACCCGAAGAGCCAGAAGGAUUUUCCAAGCCCUGGCUGACAGCGACGAGAGCGACCCCGGGGAGCCUCCAUGUCGAGAAAACUACGGACCCUCGGUGAAAUCCGGAUCGGCCAACGAUGCCUCGGAGUUGGGCUCCCCUCCCGAAAAAUCGGUGGACUUGCCUGGGGUGGGGAAGAGAAAAUCCAGAAAGGCCAGGCGCGAUAUUCAAGAAGCAGCAGGAGGCAGAGUGAAAGGAAAAUCAAAGAAGAGGCUAGAGAAAGAGGCAAAAAAAAUGGAAACCGUUCGAAAGCUGAAAAAAAAAGAAAGCAAAAAGGAGGAGAAAAACGGGAAGCCACAGUUGAAUGAUAGUGGCUGUCUUCUUGCUGACAAAGACCUUUUUGAGACUGGGUUAGAAGAGGAAAAUGACUCCCCCCUGGAAGAUGAAGAGUCCUUGGAAUCAAUCAGGGCUGCUGUGAAAGACAAGGUGAAAAAGCACCAGAACAAGGUACUGAAUUUUGAGGGCGAACCUCCACUGGCUGAGGAAAGUGAGUCCUUAUUUAAAGGACCCAAGAGGAAGGAGAGGAAGGCCGCGAAACUAAGUAAAGAGGCCAUGAAACGACUGCACAGUGAGACCCAGCGCCUCGUUCGAGAAUCUUCUCUCUCCCUCCCGUACCACAUGCCCGAGAACAAAACCAUCCAUGACUUCUUCAAACGCAGACCUCGGCCUGCUUGCCAAGGAAACGCGCUGGCACUCCUGAAGUCAGCUCAAUAUCUGCCGGGCCUCAGCGAUGAAGUCUCGGAUGCAAAAAACCCCAGCGAGAGCCGCCCCGACAACCAGGCCGGCGGGCCUAACCGGGAGAACGACCGGGUUUCAGAAGUGGACGGUAGUCAAUCCCCUUCACUUUCCAGAGUGUCCGAGGUCACUCCGAGCGUGGAUGAACCUGCCUCAAAGGAUCCGGGCGCGGGAAGUCAAGAGGAGCAGAGACAGAGCGAUGACGUGGUAGCCCCUGGGGCUGACCCAGCAGGGCACCAGAAGUCCGGUUCCGACAGCACUGGCAACUCUGAGCCAGUACAGGCCGGAGGGGCAGCGGGAAAGGAAGGCCCGAAAGAUUCAGAGAGAGGAGGCGGGGAGCCGGAAGGGGCCGGACUGCAAACCCUGGUAAUGCUGCCCGUUGUCCCCCAUAAAGUAAGAAAGUUCACCCGCGACAAACUUCAGCAGCUGGGUGUGGACCUUUCCAUCAAACCUCGUCUCGGUGCCGACGAAGAUUCCUUUGUGACUCUCGAGGGACCAGAAGUCAACAGAGAGCUAGAAGCCUUGAAGGAGCGUUUCUGGAAGCACGCCCACCCGACCGCCAAGCCCACCGCCGAACGGAAAGUGAAUCUGAGCAUCAUUUUGAAGGAGGCAGGUGCAGACGGCAAAGAGGAACUCAAGGCCGAUGUUGUGCCGGUGACCUUGGCGACCGAAAAUCUGGAUGGCCAGGUCCAGGGGAAGCCAGGUGAAAAACUACAAGUGCUGAAAGCAAAGCUGCAGGAAGCCAUGAAACUCCGCAGGCUGGAGGAGCGCCAGAAGCGCCAGGCCCUAUUUAAGCUGGACAACGAAGAUGGAUUUGAGGAGGAAGAAGAGGAAGAAGAGGAGAUGACAGAUGAGUCGGAGGAGGAGGAGGAGGCGGCGGUGGCAGAGGAGGAGGAGGAGGAAGAGGAAGAAGCCAAUCAGGAGACGGCAGAGUUCCUUUUGGGUGACGAAGAGGCAGAAGACAAAGUGGGGGAUGAGGGAGAUAAAGACACCUUUCAGAGCGCCCUGAACAGCAGCAGAGAGGUUGGAAGCUCCGAUUGCGGUUCUGUUCCCAAACCUGCCACAUCAGAGUCAACGUUGCUGCUCUUUAAGGACAAUUCUUCUAAGAUGGGAUACUCUGCUGAAGAAAAAUGUGAAACCAACGAAGGCUCGGGAAAAAGACCUAGCAAACUAGAAGAAGAUGAUUCAUGUUCGUUGCUGACAAAGGAGAGCAGCCACAACAGCAGCUUUGAGUUGAUUGGCUCCAUGAUUCCGUGCUAUCAGCCUUGUAACAAGCAGCCAGGGCGGGCUGGCCUCCUCCCUGCGAUGGGGGGGUUCAGGUCACCCUCCCCGGGCUUCUUUCGAACGAGUUUUAUCAGCUCAGCUUCCAAGAGUUCAGGAAAGCUGUCUGAACCUUCACUUCCUAUCGAGGAUUCCCAGGAUCUGUACACCGCCUCCCCGGAGCCCAAGACUCUCUUUCUGGGCGCCGGAGAUUCCCAGUUUCAGUUCUGCUUAGAAGAUGACACCCAGAGCCAACUGUUGGAUGCAGAUGGGUUCUUAAACGUUGGGAAUCACCGGAAUAAGUACCAGGCUUCCAAGGACAGGCUGCCAUUGGCUAGUAUGGAUGAGAAUGCAAUGGAUGCCAACAUGGAUGAGCUGCUGGACUUGUGUUCGGGGAAGUUCAAGUCGCAGGCUGAGAAACCGCCGCUCGGGCACAGCACUAAAAAGGAUAUGGAGGAGCUGCUGAACCUUUGUUCGGGGAAAUUCACCUCUCAGGCAGGUUCCUCCACCCCAGCCUGUUCCGAGUCUUCCAAACAGGAGAAGGAGCCGGAUACAGACGAUCCGAUGGCAGAAGCACUUGCACUUUGUUCGGGCUCCUUUCCGACGGACAGGGAAGAAGAAGGUGAGGAGGAAGAGGAGGAGUUUGGGGAAUUUCAGCUCGUGGCUGUUGACAGCGAGAAGGAGGAGACUCGUGAAUCGGAUGGGGAAGAUCCUGAAGAGGAAGACCCUGAAGAAGACGAUGAGGAAGCACUCUUGCAGCAGUCUGAAACCCUGAAAAAAAAAUUGAGGUUGAAAAAAUUCCUGGAAGACGAGGCGGAGGUGUCCGGGAGCGAAGUGGGAAGCGAGGAUGAGUCCGAGGGGGAAGAGAUGGACGAAUAUGAAGAGGAUGUGAUCGACGAAGAACUCCCUUCCGAGGAGGAACUGCAGGAUCAGAUCAACAGGAUUCACAUGAAGACUCUGUUGGAUGACGACAAGCGCCAGUUGCGUUUGUACCAAGAGAGAUACCUUGCCGAUGGAGACCUUCACAGCGACGGUCCCGGGCGGACGAGGAAAUUCCGCUGGAAAAACAUAGAUGAUGCUUCCCAGGUGGACAUGUUCCAUCAGCGAGAUUCGGAUCCCGAGGACCAGAACGAAGGCCAGCUGGACGAAACGGAAGCCAAGUGGAGGAAGGAGCGGAUCGAACGGGAGCAGUGGCUGCGGGACCAGGCCCAGCAGGGGAAAAUUGAAGCCGAAGAGGAAGAUGAAAUUGGAGAAGAGAGUCAGUUUAUGAUGUUGGCCAAAAAAGCCACAGUUAAAGCACUUCAGAAAAAAGUCACACCAGUGGCAGUUGUUGUUCGGGACACUAAAGCCUUACCCAGGAACCCCUUUGAAGGCAUCCAACCCGUCAGGACGCCCAAGCUCCGGACCGGCUCAUUGCUCAAUCAGCCCAAAACCGUGCUGCAGAAGCUCGCCAACAUGUCCGACGUCAACCCCAACGCCCCCCGCAGCUCCCGAAACUUCGUCUUCCACACGCUGUCCCCCGUCAAGAGCGAGGCGGCGACGGAAACAUCCAAACCUCAGGGGAAGAAAAGGGGCCCUGGUGCGAUGGCCACAGCCCCCCCUAAACGUGUCAGAGCGGAGAGCCCGUCGGCCCCAAACCCCCAGACCCGGAGCAUCUUCAGGUACUUGGAAAGCUAGUCCAGAACCGGAUGGAUCCCGGCUCUCCCUUAAUCCCACAGCCAGAACCCAAAGCCACCUUGAGAAGAUCCUGCCUUCAGUCCGUUGAACUUCCCGGCAAGAUCUCCCGUGUCCCCUGGCAGCGCAUUAAGAAUAGACCUUGGGAAUGAGUCCGGGACCCUGGAGGGGCCUGGGGGUGGUCCCAGACCCCUUUCCUAUAAUGUGGUUGGACCUUUUCAGCUUCUUCAUCCAGUGUCAGUAGCCCUCUUUGGUGCUUUUCUCCAUCAAACACCUCCCACUUUGUUCCCGUGAAACCUACGAGUUCUGGCACCUGCCAGGAAAAGUGGGCAAAUCACAGGUUGCUCGAGAUCGGGUGGCAGACGUUCAUAGCGGUGGCUGCCCAGUUCAACAACUGCUGCUACCAACGCUGGGCAUUACCCAGUAUUGGGCACCUGCUCUGACACCCGGUUAUUUUAAACAUUUCCUUUGUAUUUCCGAGCGGGGGCUAGUGGGGAGUGUCUUCCGCUGGACUUCUUCCUUCUCUCACCCAGACGUGGGCUGGAAGAGAGUUUCGAGGAGCCUCCAUUUUCCUGGCGCUUUUAGGCGGUACCCUGGUCUUCCUGGGCAUUUCCAACAGAGUCUUUAGAUGCCUUGGGCCUCAGAAACUAAGUUAGAUCUAGAACAGUGAUGUUCGUGGUCCUGGAGAUGAACAGAGUUGGGCUGAUCCGUUGCCUGUGAGAUUUUCAUCCUACCCCCAGGGGCUAAAACCCAGCCCCAAUAGUGCAAAUCCGCCUUAGAUUUUCCUCUGGGUUUUCAAAUGCCCACCAUACUGACUUGAAAUGAUAGAAGUGGUGUUUGUACAUUUGUAAUUUUAUGAGAGAGUGUGUGUGCGUGCGUGUGUGUGUGUAAAAAAUAUUCUAAUGUAUAUGUAGUUCUCAAUGUCAGUGUUUUUGGGAGUGCAAUUUACAAUAAAAUUUUGUAUUUUAAUUUUCGA